AUGCCUUUCGGUUUGACUAACGCGCCGGCAGCCUUCAUGAGAUUGAUGAACGACGUGUUCAGGGAGUAUUUGGACGUGUUUGUCAUCAUUUUCAUUGACGAUAUUCUGGUAUACUCGAGGAGUCAGGAGGAGCAUGCGACUCACUUGAGGUUGGUUCUGGAGAAGCUUCGGGAGCAGAAGCUUUUUGCUAAGUUGAGCAAGUGCAGUUUCUGGCAGCGAGAGAUGGGAUUUCUUGGCCACAUUGUUUCUGCAGAGGGAGUUUCUGUGGAUCCGGCUAAGAUUGAGGCUAUCAGAGAUUGGCCUAGACCUAGUAGUGCCACCGAGAUCAGGAGUUUUCUGGGUUUGGCAGGAUACUACAGGAGGUUCGUCAAGGGGUUUGCUACCAUGGCGCAGCCGAUGACGAAGUUGACCGGGAAGGAUGUCCCGUUUGUUUGGUCAGCUGAGUGUGAGGAGAGCUUUAGUCAGCUCAAGGAGAUGUUGACUACUACACCAGUGUUGGCGUUACCCGAGCCAGGGAAGCCUUACAUGGUGUAUACAGAUGCUUCAGGCAUUGGUCUUGGUUGUGUGCUGAUGCAGGAGGGCAGAGUGAUAGCAUAUGCUUCGAGACAGUGGCAGGGCAGUGAGCGUAACCGUCCUACACAUGACUUAGAGUUGGGAGCAGUGAUCUUCGCGUUGAAGAUUUGGAGGUCUUACUUGCUAGGUGAGACAGUACAGGUCUUCACGGAUCACAAGAGUUUGCAGCAUAUCUUCACUCAGCCGAUGAUGAACGCGAGACAGACGCGCUGGGUUGAGUUCUUGGCGGACUAUCAGGUGAGCAUUAACUACCAUCCGGGCAAGGCUAACCUAGUGGCGGACGCGUUGAGUAGACGGAGGUAUGAUUCCGCAGUUGAGCGAGAUGUGGAGUCUCUAGUUGGCGAGAUCAGUACCUUGCGUUUGUGUGCCAUUUCGCAGGAGCCUUUGGGUUUAGAGGCAGUGGAUCAGGCGGAUCUACUUAGCAGGAUCAGAGUUGCUCAGCAGAGUGAUCAGAGUUUGCUGGAUGCGACGAGAGUGACUGGUUCUGAGUAUGAGGUCUCUGCGAAUGGGACUAUCUUGGUUCGUGGGCGAGUUUGUGUGCCUAAGGAUGUGGAGUUGAGACAUCAGAUUUUGGGAGAGGCUCAUGCGAGCAAGUUUUCCAUUCAUCCAGGGCGACCAAGAUGUACCAUGACCUCAAGAGGCAGAGCAUCAGGUUCCGGGUGGUCUUUUGCAGAGUUUACCCAUUCCAGAGUGGAAGUGGGACAGGAUUACGAUGGAUUUCGUGGUUGGACUACCUGUUUCGAGGACUUUCGAUGCUAUUGGGUGAUUGUGGAUCGGUUGACUAAGUCCGCACAUUUCUUGGCCAUCAAGAAGACAGAUGGAGCUGCUGUCUUGGCUAGGAAGUUUGUGCGAGAGAUUGUGAGGCUGCAUGGAGUGCCAGCUAGUAUUGUGUCAGACCGUGAUCCCAGAUUCACUUCAGAGUUUUGGAGGGCGUUUCAGGCAGAGAUGGGCACUAAGGUGCAUCUGAGUACAGCUUAUCAUCCGCAGACAGAUGGUCAGUCAGAGAGGACUAUUCAGACUUUGGAGGAUUUGCUGAGGAUGUGUGUGUUGGAUUGGGGUGGCCAUUGGGCAGAUCACCUGAGCUUAGUUGAGUUUGCAUACAACAACAGCUUUCAGGCGAGUAUUGGCAUGGCUCCAUUUGAGGCUUUGUAUGGGAGGCCAUGUAGGACACCCCUAUGCUGGACCCAAGUGGGGGAGCGCAGCAUGUAUGGAGCUACUUAUGUUCAGGAGACGACAGAGAAGAUCCAUAGCAGAGAACAAGCUGAGUCCGCGUUUUAUGGGUCCGUUUCCAGUAGUGGACGAGUUGGGCCAUUGGCUUACAGGCUGGAGUUGCCUGAGAUUAUGAAAGCCUUUCACAAGGUUUUUCAUGUGUCGAUGCUGAGGAAGUGUCUUCACCCUACAGAGGAGUUAGUGGCUAGGAUUCCAGAGGAUCUUCAGCCAGAUUUGACAGUGCCGGCAGUGCCUGUGAGGAUUUUAGAGAGGAGGGAAAAGGUUCUGAGGAACAAGAGGAUUCCCUUACUGAGGAUUUUGUGGGAUUGCAGUGGUUCUACAGAGGAGACUUGGGAGCCAGAGGCAAAGAUGAAGUUGAAGUUCAGGAAGUGGUUCGACAAGCAGGUCGAGGAGUGA